AUGGUUCGUGGGGGAGGCGAACGCCUUACCGAAGUCGAGCGUUUGUCCGUACUCGAUGAACUUGCUGGUACGCGCAUACGGUCCGUGCGAGCCAUAGCCCGUUCAUACGCCGUGGACGAGUCUGCCAUCCGGCAGCUCUGGAAGAAGCGAGCAACAGUACUGCAACGACCCGAUGGUAUCCUUGCAAACGUCUUGGCAACACGGUAUCGUUUCAGGGAAGCGACGUACAAAGAACUCGAAGAUCUGCUGUUAAAGUGGAUAAUACAAAUGCUCCAACUAAAGCUACCUGUACCUCCAUCGAUCCUAAACGUCAAGGCCACGACCAUUGCCAAGGAGAUUGGCAUCUCUUCCGAUGACUUUGUGGUUCGCCGGUUGGACGACGUCUUCAAGGAUAGCGUUGAACGAGCUGCCAAGAACAAACUUCCAGGCUCUGCGGGUGUCAAAUAUGGUCGUCCGGCUCACGUGCUAGACGCAGCGAGCUACAUUAAAGCUGCCUGGGAAAAUGUGUCAUCGUCAACGAUUAAGAACGCGUUUGCGAAGGCGGAUAUCGGAGUCAACUUUUCGUCUAACAUCGGCGGGAAGGUGGUCAAGGAUAUCACAAGUGAAUUCCACAUCAUCACCGUCAUCUAA